AUGGCGACGGCGACGGUGGUGGUUGUACCACCAAACGAGGUGCGGUAUAAAGGUGUGAGAAAGAGGCCAAGGGGGACAUAUGGAGCUGAGAUUACAAACCCCAUCGAGAAGGUACGAGUAUGGCUUGGUACUUUCAAAACAGAGGAAGAAGCUGCAAGGGCCUUUGAUACGGCGACAACUAUAGUGACAAUAGUUGUAACUACAACUGAGAUUCGAUAUAGGGGUGUUAGAAAAAUGCCAUGGGGUAAGUACAAAGUUAAUAUUGCAAAUCAGAAACUACGUGUCUGGCUUGGGACCAUUGACAGAAAAGAAGAAGAUGCAACAAAUUAUGUUAAGGCGACAAGGAUGUAUCGCGACCUUAAAGCCAAAUUCAAUUUCCCAAAAUCAAAUGAGGAUAACCUAGAAAAUGAGGAGCUCAAUCUUGAACUCACCCUUGCUUUAUCAACGAGAAAAUGA